AAGAGGAAAUUAGGCAAACACAAGAUAAAUUGAUGAAGCAAGAAAAAACAAAUUCCACCGCUAAUUUUCGUCGAAAUAUCUUCCUCCUCCUCUUUUGCACAUUUCUUCAUUUUCCCCAUUUUAUAACCAAUAAAAAAAAAUUGACAACAAAAAAGAAAACCCUAGAACGGGAGAGAUUUCAUUCCCCAAAAAUCUCUUCCUUCUAUCUCCCCCUCAUCCUCUCCGUUCUCUCUCAACACUUUUCCAAUUCUUCCUUCAAUCAAUUCCAAUUUUCAAUUUCCAAUUUUCAAGAUCUGGUGAAUUUUUCGUUAUUUUAUGGUAAAUAAAAUUGUGAUGCCGCUAAUUUUGCCGAAAAGCGAUUCCAUUCAGAUUCGCGAAGUUUGGAACGAUAAUCUUGAAGAAGAAUUCGCUAUACUUCGCGAAAUCGUCGAUGAUUAUCCUUACAUUGCUAUGGAUACGGAAUUCCCCGGAAUUGUUCUUCGACCGGUUGGGAAUUUCAAGAGUAGUUAUGAUUUUCAUUACCAAACCCUAAAAGACAAUGUUGAUAUGCUUAAGCUGAUUCAAUUGGGUCUCACAUUCUCCGAUGAACAUGGAAAUCUUCCAACUUGCGGUGAUGAUGAUGAUGAGAGAUUCUGUAUUUGGCAAUUCAAUUUUAGAGAAUUCAAUGUGAAUGAGGAUGUUUUUGCAAAUGAUUCAAUUGAACUUUUGAGACAGAGUGGGAUUGAUUUCAAGAGGAAUAACGAAAAUGGUAUCGAUGCACGGCGUUUCGGUGAGCUUUUAAUGUCAUCUGGGAUUGUUUUGAAUGAUAAUGUUCAUUGGGUAACUUUUCAUAGUGGAUAUGAUUUUGGUUAUUUGUUAAAGCUAUUGACUUGUCAAAAUUUGCCUGAUACACAAGUUGGGUUCUUCAAUUUGAUCAAUAUGUAUUUCCCAACUGUGUAUGAUAUCAAACAUUUAAUGAAGUUUUGUAAUAGUCUUCAUGGAGGGUUGAACAAGCUUGCUGAGUUGUUGGAGGUUGAGAGAGUUGGGAUUUGUCAUCAAGCUGGUUCGGAUAGUUUGCUCACAUCUUGUACAUUCAGGAAAUUGAAAGAGAAUUUCUUUAGUGGAUCCUUGGAGAAGUAUGCAGGGGUCUUGUAUGGGUUAGGUGUUGAGAAUGGACAGAGUGCUUAUUAAGUUGAGAGAAAAAAAAGAAAUUAGAAGAAAAAAAAAUGCAAAAAAAAAAAAAAAAAAAGUCGGUAGAUCUCGUAUCUAUUUGAGCCGUUGUAUAUCUGGUGAAAUACCAACUUCUAUGUAAAAACUUUGACAUUUAAGUGUCUUCUUAACUUAUGAAUACCCUUUGUUGUUA